UAAUCGCUGCAACCUCUGUUUAUGGCAUUUGGUGUUAUUUAUUUCUGUUUGCAAAAUAUUAAUUUUAGGAGAACUUUACUAAAUGAAUGCGUGGAAUUAUUAAUUAUAAUGCUUGAUGGUUAUGAAGGGGAGAAAAGUGAAUUAAGUGAAACAGCUGACGUUUUAGAAUUACCUGAAUACUGCUUUUAUAACAAGUUUCUUUUGGUGGAGGAACUGGCGCUGGAACGAAACUUUCCACGACUUCAUCAAGGACGUUGCACAGUAAUCGGCAAGCUGAGCCACCACCAGGACGGAUACCUUAUAUUGGAAAACAUUAAACUGCCAUAUUUACCGAGGAAGUAUACCUUGCCUGAAGGCUCAGCAUGUUUACGGCUUUUCAAAUUUGUCACUUGGGAUGUGGAAUUAAAAAUUGGCCUUUAUUGUGAAGUUGUUGGUGAAGUUGUGCUGUGGAAUCCAAUUAGUUCACGUGAUAACUGGGUGCCACUGACCCCCCCGAGGUGCAUUGGAAUUUUCAAAGGAUUGCAAUAAAAUUGAAAGAAAAGAAAAAUUGGAGAACUUGCAAAAAACGUAUCUACCCGCGAUUAAUAUUUUCGGGAUAGAUUAUAUUGACUGUCCCGCAGAAUUAAUUGAAAGGCAUUUAAAGAUAAGACUUCUGACAGAAAAUAUUGAUAAAACGAAUUUGGAAACAGCCAAACAAGGAAACA